AUGGCUGCAAAGAACGGAGGUGUGCUCCCUCCAUUGACGGCUCUUUUUCAGGACACCCAUACUAGGAAAGACGGGACCUUCGUAACCCCGAGAGCCGAGGAAAUCCACAACGACCUCACUGCUAGAGUUUUGGAGGAGCAAACACAACUAUCUCAACAGUUAUCCCCGGGCGGUACUCAACAUCCGGUGGAAUUGGGAACUCCCACGAUCGACCGCAUCUAUGAGCAGGUUGCCCCGAAGAACAAGGGGAAAGUGAUUGGGUUGGGUUCAAUCCGCCAAGUCCCGAUUGCUUCGUCAUUUGCUCCGCGGUAUCGAGGUCCCGAGGAUGAUCCGGUCCAACUGCGAGCCAAGAUCUCAAGACUUGAGGAGACUAUGGAAAUUGAGAACUCAGAGAAUGAUGUUAUUUUUAGCAUCAUUGCUACGCACCACCCCGACAUUGCAGCAGUCAUGUCAAACAAGAGACGACGUCGGGAAGCUGCUACAGCCGGAGUUACGAGUUCAGCAGCCGGAGCAGCAGAGGAAGAGGAGCUUACAGCAGAGCAACAACGAACGGCGGACAUUGCAGCUCAGGCAGCUCGUGAGGCAGGAGACCUCCCGCCUUUUGAAUAA